AUGGGCAGAACGAAGAAAAAGCAAACAAGGGAAGAAAAAUUAGAGAAAAAGAGGUUGGCAGAACGUAGAAGAUUGCAAAAAAUAAAAAAUGAUCCUGCAUUAUAUGAAGAAUUUAAAAUUAAAGACAGGGCGAGGUAUUAUAAAAAGAAAGAACAAAAAAAAGUAGUUCCUAUAAGUGAAAUGACACCCCGCAGACAACGGACUCAACGAAAAAGAAAUAGAGACAAUUUUAAAGCAUAUUAUUCACGACAGAAAAAUAAAAAAAGAUUAGAUACGUUACUUUCUGAAAAUAGCCCUCCUGAAUCAGGCGAUGAAUUGCCACCACAACCAAUAGUUGAGAAUUCCACAGUAGCUACAAAUAGUUGCCCUCCAUCGCCUCUUUCUUUAUCGCGGUGCAGUCGGUCCCAAACAAGAAGCAAUAGGGUACAGAAUACAUACCAUGACCAGUUGAUUAUUUCUUCUCCAUGUCCAAGUGAUUCAUGUAAUGUUUCAGUAGUUUCGAAAUCUACUUUUAGAAGAUAUCAGUACAAAAAAACUAAAAUCAUCCAAUCAUUACAGAAGAAAAUCGUAGAGUUACAGAGACAACAAAAAUCUUUCAGAAAACAAGUACAACGACUGCAAGUAAAGAAAAUUGUAACAAACUAUAAAGAGACAGAAGGAAGUAAGAAUCGCACUAAAGAACUUAAAAGUAAACAUGCAAGUAAAAUUCAUACAUUAAAAUUAUCCGUUCAAAGAUUCCUUUCAGAUGAUGAAAACAGCAGGCUUUGUCCAGGAAAAAAGGAUUACAUUUCUAAAAAUAUGAUUAAGCACCAAAAACGUUAUUUAUCUGACUCGCUACAAAACUUACACCAAAAAUAUGUGAAAGAAUAUCACAAUGUUCAUUAUGGUACUUUUUGCAAGUUAAGGCCGUAUUGGAUUUUAGUUCCUAGUGUUAAUGUUCGUGAUACUUGCGUGUGCAAACUGCACGAAAAUAUGGCUUUACUGAUAAAAUCAUUGAAAGCUAAUAAGAUUAUUUUUGAAAGUAAUCCUACUGAACUAGUGCAGAACUUAACUUGUGACCGAAACAGGACUAAUUGUUUACAGAGAAACUGUGAUCAUUGUAGACAUAGAGUUAUAAACUACAAAGAAUUCGACAACACCCAAAAAAUAACGUACAGUUCAUGGGAAACAAGCAAUCAGUCUUAUACAAAACAAGGUAUAGAAAAGAAAGGGUACAUCACGGAGAAAAUCAAAAUAACGAAUAGUCCUUUAAAUAUUAUAAAAAAGUUAGAAUGUGAUCUCAAGCCAUUCAUGAAUCAUUGCGCCAAUAUUGUUAACCAAAGUCUGGCUCUUAGAAAUACCAAAGAUAAUUUAAAAACCUAUGAGUGCGUACUUCACAUAGACUUUAGUGAAAAUUAUAACACCAAGUUUGGCACGGAAAUACAAUCAAUGCACUUUGGAGGCAACAGGAAACAACUAACACUGCAUACGGCAGUCCUUUAUUAUUAUAAUCAAACUACUGGAUCCAAAGAAACUAAAUCAAUUUGUACACUGAAUCAUGUUGAUGGUUUACUGUACACUUGGCCGAAUCAUGGCGAUAUUGAUAUAAUUACUACCAGUUCUAUAAAAAGAGUCCUUAAGGAACCUACUAUUAAAAACGAUGGUGAGAUUUUGUUUCAAGCUUUAACUUAA